AUGUUCCAUUUAAUUGUCUCCCUCCCGAUAUGGGUACUCAUCUCCAUCCCAGCCUCCAUAUACUUGCUAAGUAUCAUCUUCCUCGCAAUAAUCGACCCUCUCCGCCAUAUUCCAGGUCCUUUUCUCGCACGCUUUACCCGAGCCUGGUACUUUUGGGAGAUAUACAAAGGUUCUUUCUACCGUACAAACCAACAGCUACACUCUCGCUAUGGUCCUAUCGUUCGCAUCGCACCCCAUGAAUACUCAAUCGACGAUGUUCAAGCUGCUAGAGUCAUCUACUCUACGGCUGGAGGCAGCUUCCCAAAAGCCCCAUGGUAUCGGGCAUGGAUGCCACUAGAUUCAGGACCGGAAACGUUGUUCACGGAGCGUAAUCCGCAUCGCCAUUCUGCACAACGACGCAAGGUAGCUAAUCACUAUAGUAUGAGUUCACUGGUUGGAUAUGAAAUAUAUGUGGAUAAUUGUACCGAGUUACUCUCAAGACGUUUUGGCGAGUUGGCAAAUUCAGGAAAUAUCGUAGAUUUGCACCAUUGGUUACAAUGCUAUGCAUUUGAUGUUAUUGGAGAAAUUACAUUUGGGAAACGCUUUGGCCUUUUAGAUAUGGGAGAGGACAAAGAUGGUGUGUUUAAGGCUCUUGAUUCUGGAACAUCGUAUUCUACAUUUGCUGGUAUUUGGAGCUGGGUCCACGGAUUUCUUCUUCCUAUAAUGCCUAAAACUGGGGGUCUUGCAUAUCUUGUUGAUUUUACCGAGAGUAGUAUCUCAGAAAAGAUCAAACUGUUGAGGGAUCCGAGAAGCGGAGAAAAUGAGAGAGAGGGUACACCAGAUAUCAUGACGAAGAUAUUGAUGGCGUCUGAAAAGGAUCCGGAGAAGAUUACCAGAGCCGAUUUGUUCAAUACAUGUUUUGCGAAUAUUGGUGCUGGGAGUGAUACAACGGCUAUUACUCUUUCGAGUGUGCUAUAUCAUCUGUUUAAGCAUCCGGAGACGUAUCACAGGCUGAGAGAGGAAAUUGAAACGGCGGCCAAAGAGGGAAGGGUUUCGGACCCAGUUACUUUCAAAGAAGCCCAUGGACUACCAUAUCUACAAGCUGUCAUUAAAGAAGGACUACGAGUCCACCCUGCUGUAGGUCUGGGGCUACAACGUGUUGUGCCAGCCGGAGGUACUACCAUCGCAAAUCAAUUCAUACCAGGUGGUUCGACAGUUGGCAUCAAUGCAUACGUCGCCCAUCUAAAUACGUCAGUAUGGGGCUUAGAUGCAGAUACAUGGAGACCAGAAAGAUGGCUCGAAAUUGAAGAACAAGGUCGAGGUGGAGAAGUCGAAAAGUAUUUCUUUUCAUUUGGCAUGGGAUCAAGAACGUGUAUUGGGAAGAAUAUUAGUUUGUUGGAGAUUAACAAGUUGAUACCGCAGCUGAUGAGAAGAUUUGAUUUUGAGCUGGAUACGGAUGUUGAGGAAAAUGGGGGCUUGAUUUCAAAAAGUAGAUUUUUUGUCAAGCAACAGAAUUUUAGAGGGAGGGUGUUAAAUAGGAGGGGUAGUAAGAUUGGAUAG